AUGUUGUAUGAUUACAAAGUUCGUCCAGUUCUAACUGGUUUAGCCAAAUCAAAUCGCAUAUUGCUUCGAGAUGUAGACGUCAUAACUUUAUAUCAUGAUAAAUUUGCCCAAUCAAGAAAAGGUUAUAGAUUACCCCAGCUUAAAUGUAUUGGUGGGAGUGGUUUUAAACAUCCCCAGUAUUACCCCAAGGUUGUCCAGUGUUAUAAUCGCGGAUUCGACGGUCGUGAUGUCCAAUGGGAAUGCAAAGCUGAACUAGAUAAGAGUGUUUCCUUUGGGGCCGUGAACGUUAACUGUGAAGGCUAUGACUACCCAGAGGACGAGUAUAUUGUUUAUGGCUCGUGCGCUCUGGAAUACGAAUUAAAUGUACGAGGUUCUACUCGGGAGAAAAUAAAUCACAGAACAUUUGAAAAGGUGUAUACACAUGCACAAAAUAACUCUGGCUACUUCAUAAUUAUUGGAUUGAUUUUAUUAGCUGCUAUAAUAUGGUAUUUUUGUAUUAGACCUUCUACAUUUCCAUGCGAGUAUAUUCCACCAACUGGAUUUGACUUUUCACAAUCACAACAACGACCACCACCUCCGCCAUAUGAUGAGGCGAUUUUCGAUGAUCAUGAAGAUAAUUCUACAAGACGACGUCAAGCUCCAUCAGCCCCUCCAGAAUACGGUUGGACAUCGAAUGUUAUGGGUUCAUCACAAUCACGUUCUCGAUGGAAUUGGAAUAAAUCAAACGAUCAGUCCAGUUCAUGGUUAUCUAAUGGGUUGGCUGCAGGUGCUGGAUUUCUUGGAGGUUAUUUUAUGGGAUCUAGAUCAAAUACCAAUCCUGGUAGUAGUUUCAGUGGUUGUUCACGAACUACUCCAAUUUAUACUGAAGAAGAAUCAUUUAUUCGAAGUGGGAAAUAG